ACGUUUGGGAUUAGUUCGAGUAAGCACAAUAAGCUUUCGUUUUGACAACAAACAUGGCGGAAGAUAUCCCAGUUGUACCGAAGGCAGGAAGUUUAUUAUUGAAUAGUGGCAAUAUAGUGAAUUGGAACAGAUUGAAAAGAAAACCAUCACAAAGUCCUACAGUCGAGAUAAGUGAAUGCAUCGGCACAACAUUCCAGGCAUUUAUAAAUGGGUCCGACAAAAAUGAGUUACAGUAUGUGACCGACCUUAAUUGUGUUCAUCAGAAGUACAAGGAGACAGUGCCAAAGGCUGACCGUGGCGACUUCAAGCUCACAGUGAAGAUAUUCCUCUGUAGUUUACUCCCCAUAGAUGUGCUUCAGGAGGCCGUGGAUAAAGUAUUGUCAGAGCUGGAUGUGUCGUUUAUUGAGACAGUGAUUGUGGCGUUCCCCGAGGUCGAUAAUGAGGAGUUGACACUGGAGGUAGUACAGCCAUACUGGAAGGCCCUGGAGACGCUUGUUUACCGGGAAACUGUCAUUUCACUCGGACUCGCAGACUUUGACAAGAAACUUCUUGAACAGCUAUAUGAGUUUGCAGAGGUCAAGCCUAUGGUGAACCAGGUGAACCUGGAGUCCUGCUGUGUUAUGCCGAAAGAGCUUGUGGAGUUUGCCAAGGAGAAGGAUAUACAGCUACUCACACAUAAUGAUCCCAGAGACAUUCUUCCUGCUGAGACAUUGCAAUCGGUGAUACAGGAUGCAAGCUCAGAGAAGGACGGUGAAGGCUGGGACCCGCUGUGGGUGCUACGGUACUCCGUGCUCGUAAAGUGUCGGGGCAUUGUAAAGUCCAAGGGAUACCUACUCAAGGCGGAGAGGGAUGUUAGGAAGAGGAAGUGACGGACAUUAUGCUAGGAGGGGAGUCUAGAUGAGGAGCAGUCUUCAUGUAUAGUCUGUUUAGGGUUGGAUAAUGUUUAGCCGUUUUUACCAUACCAAUUCCAAAAAGGAAGAAAAGCAGUUAUGCUUAUGAUAACGAGGUAGCAUGAGUUAUGCUUAUGAUAACGACAUAGCAUGAGUUAUGCUUAUGAUGCAAAAAAGUGGGUUUCAAUUCCUUUGUGAUAUCAACAAUAUGGGUUUUUUACCUAUAUCUAUUAUUUAAAAGUUAGAUAAAGCUUGGAAAUAAGAUGACUUAACAUAGACAUAUGACAAGGUGUCUAUGAGUCUGUCUUACCUUCUCAUUUAAACUGCACGUAUAAAUACAAGAACUACGCCAUCUGACGCAAACUGUAUCCAACCCUAUACAAGAUGUUAUGGGCUUGCACACUUCCAUAAUUGAGGUGUUUGUGAUGAGCUAACGUGUUUGUAUUGAGGUGUGAUCAUUAUUCAUUUGUCUGUGAUAUCAUAUGGCCGUGAGGGGUCUGUUUAUCAAAGUAUCCCCAUUGAUAUUUCAUUGGAGUGCAUACUGUGAAUUAAAGAUCAAUUUAGAAAGUGUAAGCUCAUUUCAUAAAAGUAAUCACAAUUUGUAGUUAGUUAAAUGUGGGAGAAUACUGAAGUAUUAAAGAUGCACAAUUACUUACAGAUAAGAUUUUCCACAAUAAAUAAUAUUGUUUUAAUAUUCCAAAAAGGAUGAAUAAAUGUCAAAAACAAUUGCUCUUAUGAAACAUACCGAGUUCAAUUUGACAGAAAUAAGAUAAAACAUGAUUUCUACCUCAUGAGACAAUAGUAGAUCACAGUAAAUCUAUUAGCAUUCACCAAUCAUUUAAUACUUUUGCGCUUUCUGCUAUUAAUUACACGGUUACAAACUUGUUAUUAGUUAUUAAUAUUUUCUGUAAAUGUAUUAUUUAGUAAGUUGUUAAAGGUUUAUCAGUCUAAAUUGAUGUUUGUUAUAUACUUGUAUUAAUUUUGAAUGAGAGUGUCACUUUAACAUUUCAUUAUGGAUAUUGAUUAAAUAUACAAAAUGUAAGUUUUCCUUAGUAAAUUGAUUACCAUCUUUAAUUCUGAAGGGUUUUGUAAAAAAUGGAUUUUCCUGUGACCAGACUAUACUGUAUACUUUUUAGGUGUAAGUUUAGUUUCUACAAAACAAAAGGUAUUCAAUGGUCCUCAGCUCUAAUGCUUAAAUAGUGUCCGUGAUAUAAGUACAUACAGCAAGUGUGUAUUUACUAAACUGCUAAGGUUUGUUCACUGCCAAUUUUGUUUUGUUUUUCUUGACAAAACAUUUAAGGCUACACAAUGUCUUUAAGCAACAGUGAUGUAUUUAUUGUUAAGUAAACAAAAACAAGCACUGCUGUCACUAUUGCUAGGAGUUUCUUCUCACUAUUGCAGAAUUAGUGAAGCGUAAAAUGAAAGUACUGAUAGACAGGCCUCUUGUUCAGCCAGCAAAGUGGCACGUAAUAAGCUGCAUAUACAUGUACAGGGCUAAAAGGACUAUGGCACCAGAUGAUACAAUUGCAAGAAAAAGAUAAAAUUGUCAAAAAAAGUUGAUAUCGUGUGCAACGCAUUAAAUCUUGAGUAACCGAUGUAUCACUUGGCUUAUGACAUAAUCAUCUUUCGCAGUUUUUGCAUAUUCUUCACAUUUGAAAUUUACUGGGUUUGUCUACCACUUAAAUCCAUGUAAGUCCAAGUUAAUUUAAAAAUACCAUUGGAAUAUGUAUCUGUACUACUCCCGUGGCUUUCACAUGCUAAAUACUCUCACUACUAUACCAACUGGGAAACCAUUAUGCCCUUUAUUUAAAAGGUAAACUAUGCUGAGACAAUGACAAAAUAUUAUUUCAAUCCUGUAAAAAGAUGUUUUUUCAGACUCAUACUAGCUCAUUUUGACAAUUCUAGGCUUGAUUUGUGGAAA